UGUGAAUGCACAGCUACUAAUCCUAAUGAAGCAUGCGAGUUUAGACUUGAUAUUGAGAUGCUGCAGACCUUCACCCGAUAUCUGCUGGAUGAUGAUAAAGACUCUCGUGGUACUGCAGGCAGUGUCUGGCACAUUAAUAAUGGAGAAUGGGAACCAGUUGAUCCCAUGAGAAACACUCUUUGUGGUAGUUCCAUGAAUGAUGACCAAUGCACUCAACCAUUUGGUGUUGAUGGGUACACGUUUCGUUCCUUUAUAGCAGUCAAUGGACGUAUACCAGGACCAACACUCAUUAUAACUGAGGGUCAGUUGGUUAAAGUGAAUGUAAUCAAUAGAUUAGCAUCAGAGAGUGUAUCUGUACACUGGCAUGGGAUGCAUCAAAGGAACAGUAACUGGAUGGAUGGAGUGGAGCAUGUUACACAGUGUGGUAUACCACCAGGGGCUAGUUUUACUUAUUAUUUCUAUGCAACUCAAUAUGGGACUCACUGGUACCACUCUCAUAGUGGAGCUCAGAGAACUGAUGGACUCUUUGGAGCUCUCAUUGUUAAAGAGAAAUAUAAUACACAGAGAAACAUUCUGUCAAGAGAAUUAAUAGAUUUUGAAAUAACAUCUUAUGAAGACAACCCAGCACAGCACACUCUAACUUUACUAGAUUGGCAAAGAAGUAGCUCACUAGAUCUCUUCACACAAAUACACUCGGGCAUUAGGUACUUUAGCAUUGAUGAGGCAUCAAAGUUAGCAACAUCAACAACUGAUAGGAGAACCAUUUCAUCAGAUGGUGCAGAGAUAGGGCCCGUGCCUUAUUGGUCUGGACUAAUAAAUGGAAGAGGAAGGCAUAGUAGUGUUGAUUACAUCAAUUCUAGUCUGAGUGAGUUUAAAGUUACAGCUGGAAAAACUUAUCGAUUUCGUUUAAUUGGUGCUCAGAGUCUUUAUGCUUAUCGUUUCUCAAUAGAAGAUCAUAAAUUAAUUGUUAUAGCAACUGAUGGUCAGUUCGUUGAGCCAGAGACAGUUGAUUAUAUCAUAAUACACUCUGGAGAAAGAUAUGACUUCCUUUUAAAAACAGAAGAAGCGACUACUACUAAACAGUUCAUGAUACGUGCAGUUACAUUAAGUAUGACUGGCGCUGCAGCACUAAAUUCUAUAGAAGAAGAGUCAGCAGAAGCUAUUCUUAAUUAUAAUCCUCUUCUUAAUGUAAGAUCCAAUCAAUAUAACACUAUUGCUGACAAUAGACUAACUGUGAGUCAAAGAUGUACUUCUAUUGAUAAGUGUAUAGCACUCAAUUGUCCUUUUCAGAAUUUUCCUCAAAGUUUUAAUAUUGACUGUAUACACAUUAAUAAUUUAACAAGGCUGUCACUGUCAGACACACAGGAAGACCUGCCUAGUGUUGCUACUACUGAUGACUCAAGAUUGUUCUUCAAUUUCGGUUUUGAGGGAACACGACUCACCAGUGCUAUUAAUGCUCGUAACCUAAAACUACCAUCAGCAUCACUGGCACAGCUAGAUGAUGAUGAACUGGAUGAUAUUAACACUAGAGAAUUUUGUAAGGGUGUGGGUGAGCCUAAUACAUGCAAUCGUGAUAAUGCAGCAGAAGUGAUAUCUUCAGAAUGUUACUGCACUCAUGUUGUUCCUGUAGAGGACGAAAAAUCCAUUGAAUUAGUAAUAUCGGCUACUGGACCAGAUUAUGAUGAUGUUAAUCCACAGACUUCUAAAUUUUCAUUUGCUCAUCCAGUACAUCUUCAUGGUCAUUAUUUUCAUGUCGUUGAUAUUCGAUUUGGUGAAACUGAUGAGGACUCUGGAAGACUUAGAACUGGUACUACAGAAAUUGAUUGUGGGCCUCAAUCGACAACAGGCAAUCCUAUGCUCUGCAAUAAUCCUUCAUGGAAUGGCAUAAGAAGUGACACCUAUAAUUAUCAAAGCACUGGUAAAAUAAAUCCCAAAGCUCCACUGAAGGAUACUCUGUUAAUACCAGCUGGUGGGUAUGCUGUUGUGUAUUUUAAAACUGAUAAUCCUGGUUGGUGGUUCCUACACUGUCAUAUUGAGGUACAUCAAUUGGAAGGAAUGGGAGUCAUCAUUAAUGAAGGAGGUGAUAAAAAAAUACCUGCUCCUUAUAAAAUGCAGAAAUGUGGUAAUUUUGAGCUAACAGUAGAUGAGUUUAAGAAAGCAAUAAAGGGCAAGCUGAAUCCUAGUGAUAAUAACACUUAUGAAUUUGCUACAUAUGUUUUAGGAGGGAUCAUUGUUUAUAUCCUCUUGUCUUUAACUUGCUACACCGUGUAUAAGAAAAAAUGUAAGAAAAAGACAUGAAAGUGAAGUAGAAAAUGGCACAGGAGGGGAGAGGAAAUAAAAAAGAAGUACCCCUAUGCUGGAACAUUAUUAAUAGUUAUUAGUAGUCAUGUAGUUAUUAGUGGUUAUUAAUAGUUAUUGCUAGUUAUAACGGUUAUUACUAGUGCAUGAUCAGUAUUAAUUACAAUAAAUAAUAAUACUGCAACAAUUAUGGCUGGACAUCAGUUGGAGGGAAUGGGAGUCAUCAU